AUGUUUCCAAUUGCUAGAAGCUCCGUUCUGCGGGCUGCCCGCUCACAAAUCUAUCCGUCCCGGACCUGCAACCAGCCCUCUCUCUCGGCGCUCGCUCGUCUUCUCUCCACCUUGGCCGUCCUUGAACAGCGGGAUGGAAAGCUCCAACAGUCGUCUCUUUCUGCCGUUGCGGCUGCGCAGAAGUUAGGAGGAUCGGUCACUGCUUUUGUUGCUGGAAAGGAUGUGAAGGGAACUGCCGCGGCUGAGGCGGCGAAGAUUAAGGGCUUGGAGAAGGUCGUUGCUGUGGAUAACGAGGCAUAUGAGAAGGGACUUCCCGAAAACUAUGCUCCUCUGCUCGUCGACAACAUCAAGUCUGGCGGCUUUUCUCAUGUCCUCGCUGCUCACUCCGCCUUUGGAAAGAGUCUUCUGCCUCGCGUAGCUGCUUUGAUGGAUGUGCAGCAGAUCUCGGAUAUCACAAAGAUUGAGAGUGAGGACACAUUCGUCCGCCCCAUCUACGCCGGAAACGCUAUCCUGACUGUCCAGUCGACCGACCCCACUAAGAUCAUCACCGUUCGAGGUACUUCUUUCCAGGGCACCGAGACUGAGGGUGGCUCCGCUGAGAUCGUUGACGGCACCGACCCUAACGCUCCUGCCCUGACCGAAUGGGUUUCCGAGGAGCUCACCAAGUCCGAGCGUCCUGACUUGGGCACCGCAUCCCGCGUCGUCUCCGGUGGCCGUGGUCUGAAGUCGAAGGAGGAGUUUGACCGUAUCAUUGUGCCAUUGGCCGACUCGCUUGGUGCUGCCAUUGGUGCUUCCCGUGCUGCCGUUGACAGUGGAUUCGCCGACAACAGUCUCCAGGUCGGUCAGACAGGAAAGAACGUCGCACCGCAACUGUACCUCUGCGCUGGUGUUUCUGGUGCUAUUCAGCACCUUGCUGGUAUGAAGGACAGCAAGGUCAUUGCUGCUAUUAACAAGGACCCUGAUGCGCCUAUCUUCCAGGUGGCCGAUGUCGGCCUCGUCGGUGACCUCUUCGAGAAGGUCCCUGAGUUGACUGAGAAGCUGAAGAGCCAGGCAUAA